GCCCGGGAUCCCGGGAGCUGUCCGGCUACCUCGGUGCUGAUCCCGCCGCCGCCCACGGGCCGUGAGCAGCGCUGAGAGGACAUUAUGAGCGGGGGCGUCUACGGCGGAGAUGAGGUGGGGGCGCUGGUCUUUGACAUUGGCUCCUUCUCAGUCCGCGCUGGGUACGCUGGGGAGGACUGCCCCAAGGCUGACUUCCCCACCACGGUGGGGCUGCUGGCCGCGGAGGAGGGGGGCGGGCUGGAGUUGGAGGGGGAGAAAGAGAAGAAAGGGAAGAUCUUCCACAUCGACACCAACGCCCUGCAUGUGCCUCGGGAUGGAGCGGAGGUCAUGUCACCCCUCAAGAAUGGCAUGAUUGAGGACUGGGAGUGCUUCCGUGCCAUCCUGGAUCACACCUACAGUAAACACGUCAAGUCUGAGCCAAACCUGCACCCAGUACUCAUGUCUGAGGCCCCGUGGAACACACGGGCCAAGCGGGAGAAGCUGACAGAGCUGAUGUUCGAGCAGUACAACAUUCCUGCCUUCUUCUUAUGCAAGACGGCUGUGCUCACCGCCUUUGCAAAUGGACGUUCCACGGGUCUGGUGCUGGACAGUGGGGCCACCCACACCACGGCCAUCCCAGUGCAUGACGGCUACGUCCUACAGCAAGGCAUUGUCAAGUCACCUCUGGCAGGAGACUUCAUCUCCAUGCAGUGCCGGGAGCUCUUCCAGGAAAUGGCCAUUGACAUCAUCCCACCUUACAUGAUUGCAGCCAAGGAACCUGUACGGGAAGGUGCCCCUCCAAAUUGGAAGAAGAAGGAGAAGCUACCCCAGGUUUCCAAGUCCUGGCAUAACUACAUGUGCAAUGAGGUGAUCCAGGACUUCCAGGCCUCUGUGCUACAGGUCUCAGACUCUCCCUACGAUGAGCAGGUGGCUGCACAAAUGCCCACAGUGCACUAUGAGAUGCCCAAUGGCUACAACACAGACUAUGGUGCUGAGAGGCUCCGCAUCCCUGAGGGCCUGUUUGAUCCCUCCAAUGUCAAGGGCCUGUCGGGGAACACCAUGCUAGGUGUGGGCCACGUGGUGACCACCAGCAUUGGCAUGUGUGACAUCGACAUUCGCCCGGGUUUGUAUGGCAGUGUCAUUGUCACCGGCGGAAACACACUGCUCCAGGGCUUCACUGACAGGCUCAAUCGAGAGCUUUCCCAGAAGACCCCACCGAGCAUGCGACUGAAGCUCAUCGCCAGCAACAGCACCAUGGAGCGCAAGUUCAGCCCCUGGAUUGGGGGCUCCAUCUUGGCCUCACUGAGCACAGCUCAGUUCAGACUAGCCACAUUUCAUGUACUCAACAUCCACAAGUGCUCAAGAGCCACUAUAUUGGACAGCACUAGUAUAGAAGAAGAAGAAGAAGAAGAAGAAGAAGAAGAAGAAGAAGAAGAAGAAGAAGAAGAAGAGAGACCACAGAAGCAGGUUUGGGCCAGGCCUGGCGGAACUCAGUCUUGGACCAUCUAAGUUUGAAGUCCCAAGGAACUCAGAAAGAGGUGUCCAAAAGACAGCUGAGUAUCUGGCUCUAGUACUCAGCGCUGAGCGUUGGAAACUGGAGAUUGGGGGAAGGGGUGGGGUUUUAGUGAGUGAGCAGAAGUUUCAGGACUAGAGGAGCUGGUUCUGGAAGGCUUGUUCUGUGGGUCCAGGAAACAGGGACAGUACCAGGGACACAGGCACUAGCUUUUAGGCAGAGGUGAAGCAACCAUCUAAGAGAAGGGACAGUCUGGGAUGCCCAGUGCAGGAGACUGGUCCAGCUUGGGUGGUGAAGACAACUCCUGCCAGAAGUUAGGUGGUGCAGGAAGGGUGAGGGUGUUGGAAAGAUUGUUCUUGGGAAUGCAGGAGACUUGACAAGUUUGUAAGGUCUGAUGGAGUGAAAGGUGCAGGAGGAAUGUGGGGGUGUGGGCAUUGGGGGAGAGGUUGGCUGGCCUGAGGUUGUAAGCUCCACUACCCAGCUCGAGGACAGCACGUGGCCCAGGCCAGACAG